CUGAUGGGCAUCUUCCAGUCUUAUUUUAUGCAGAUGAUGCCAUUCUCCUCCCUUUGUUUUAUUUACUGUAGGUAUGAAGCAACUUGCUGUGUCCCUAAUGCAUCCCUGAGGCUUGAAGCUGAAGUUCCAAGUGUUAAAGUCAACGCCUGGAUUAGCAUUCUAAUCUUAUGACUCAGAAUUAUGAUUAAUUCUACAGGCAGAAUUAUUACCAUUGCUGUUGAUAGACAGCUACAAGUCUCACUGAUAUCAAACUUACUCUCUGUAGCCUUUCUCCUAGUCACAUAUAUUUGUGCAAAUCAAAUGAACAGUUAAGGAACAAAUUGGCAAUAUCAAACAUCAGAAUCCCAAUGCUUAUGAAGUUUAUUGCCAAAUAGUAGACCAUAAACCAUUUAUUGCAAAGUAUUUGCACAAUUGAACUCUGAGUAAAUAUAGAUGGGCUUUAUCUAUACCCUGUUUUAAUGCCUUUUCCUUCUGCACUCAUAGUGGAAUAGAUUUCAAAGUUUUUAAAAAAUCUGCAAAGACCUUGCAGCCUUUGUGGCUUUAGGGAGGUAGAGGAAGAAACACGUGUCUUUUUAUGCUAUCAUAAUUGUGACAUUUCAAGAAUUUUUUUGUAAUCCCCAAUUAUUUCCAAACUUGAGGGCUAUUCAGAUAAAUAUUAUAUAUGUUAUCUUCUAAGGGAUGUUAACCCCUCACUUACAUUUCAGGUAGCAAAAUACCUUUGCCAUGCAAAGCUCUGAUUUAGAUAUUGUUUAUUGUUUUAUUGUGUGAUAAUUCGCUUCCUUUUACUUUGAAUGCUGGUCAAAGACCAUUAUAAAAUUUUAUGUAUGCAUGUUACGUGUAUGUAUAUACCAUGAUCAAUGUUAUCAAAGGCUUCCCAUUUUAAAAACUAGAUGUUUAUAGUAUACCAUGGUUUCUCCACUGGCUGAUUUUGCACACCUUCACAUCAAAAAGCCAUCGUUCUACUCUGCCUCUUCAAAUUUCAUCAUGAUCCCCUAAAUUUCUUCAUGACUUCCUGAAGCACAUGCCUCCCAAUUUGGGAACCCUUGGCCUAGAAAACAAGGCAAAUACACAAGCUUGAUAGUCUCUUUGCUUUUAUCACCAUUUAAUUAUUGCUUAUGAUAUUCCCUAGACAAACAUUUCAUUAUAUUAAAUGAGCUGCAUUUAAUGCUAGACAUUUCCCUGAAACAUCAGUGUUUUUCCAUAAUUUUGCUUUUUUUGUUCAAAUUGCUAAAGGCUGCAGCAAUGGGGAAGAAUCUGGCACCACUUGCUUUAUUUUGAUGUGCAAGAGGAAGUUACCAAGAUAAAUAUAAAUUAAACUGCUGUUAAAUCAACUUAACUUUCUCUUUUCGUUUCUGGGUUCAAGUGGUGUUUUUCUCUUCAACAAGCAAAAAGUGGCAGCAAUUUUACUGUGGGUAUCAACUGAUGUGCUUCACCAAUCUUUGAUCCGCCCAACUUUGAUACAGCUGGGAUCUUUCAAACUAUUUAUAUAUCGGUAUUUAUUUACUCAAUUUGUAUAUCUGCUCAUCUCACUGGUGUGAUUCUUGCCCAGUCACUGAGCCAAUCUCCGGAUCAGAGGCCUGCCUUACAAAGAAGGAUCAGCAUCAGCCCAACCAGCAACUGGCAGAUUAACAGCUAAGAACUGAUGGGAGGGGAGCAGGAGGAGGUCUGCUUGACAAUGGCAGCAGAAAAUUCUUUGUCAUCUCCUGGCUUGGAUCGGGUAGCUGGUGAGAAGUUCCUGCAGGAAGCCUUCCAGAUCAUGCUUGAAGAAGGAAUUCGAAAAGGGAUGGAUGCCUCUGAAAAGGUGUGUAUUUGGAAGGAACCUGAGGAACUGCAGCAAAUUCUGGACCUGAAUCUAAAAGACAGCGGGGAGUCACAUGAAAGGUUGCUGGAACGCUGUCGGGAAGUUAUCAGAUACAGUGUGAAAACAUGUCAUCCACGCUUCUGCAAUCAGCUAUUUUCUGGGCUUGAUCCCCAUGCUCUGGCUGGACGGAUGAUCACAGAGAUGCUCAACACUAGCCAAUACACGUAUGAGAUUGCACCUGUAUUUGUCUUGAUGGAGGAGGUGGUGCUGAAGAAACUGCGAAAAUUGGUUGGCUGGGAAAAAGGCGACGGAAUCUUCUCCCCUGGAGGGUCCAUCUCCAACAUGUAUGCCAUGAAUGUGGCACGGUAUCACCGUUUCCCAGACUGCAAGCAGAAGGGGCAUUGGGCAAUACCAAAGCUGGCAGUGUUUACAUCAGAAGAGUGCCACUACUCCAUCCAAAAGGGAGCAGCUUUUUUGGGCAUCGGCACUGACAAUGUCUACCUUGUAGCAGUGGAUGAAAAAGGGAAAAUGAUCCCCGCUGAUCUAGAGAAAAAGAUCGACCAGGCCAAAUCAGAGAGAGCGCUCCCCUUCUUUGUCAAUGCCACCUGUGGCACCACUGUCCUGGGAGCUUUUGACCCCCUGCCUGAAAUUGCAGAGGUGUGCACAAGACACAAACUCUGGUUCCAUGUGGACGCAGCCUGGGGCGGCAGUGCUCUCCUCUCCCAAAGACAUCGGCAUCUUCUGGAUGGGAUCGAAAGGGCUGAUUCGGUGGCUUGGAAUCCCCACAAAAUGCUUAUGACUGGGCUUCAGUGUUCUGCCUUCCUGGUCCAGGAUAACUCUGGACUACUGCAGAGAUGCCACUGUGCCCAAGCUACCUACCUCUUCCAGACAGACAAGUUCUACAACAUAGCUUAUGACAGGGGAGACCAAACCAUCCAGUGUGGACGCAAAGUAGAUUGCUUUAAGUUAUGGCUGAUGUGGAAGGCCAACGGCAGCAAAGGCUUGGAGCAGAGAGUGGAUAGGGCCUUUGCUUACACUCGGUAUCUAGCUGAUGAAAUUAAGAAGAGAGAAGGCUUUCAGCUAGUGAUAGAGCCAGAGUUCAUCAAUCUCUGUUUUUGGUAUGUACCUCCCAGUCUGCGAGGACAGGAAGACUGCAUUGAUUACUGGGUGAAACUGGAGAAGGUAGCUCCACUGAUUAAGGAGCGGAUGAUGAAGAAAGGUUCCAUGUUGGUGGGCUAUCAGCCACAUGGCAAAAAAGUGAACUUUUUCCGCCAGGUGGUCACCAAUCCAGCAGUCACCAGAGAUGACCUAGAUUUCUUCCUUGAUGAAAUUGAGAGGCUUGGCGGAGAUCUAUAGAUUGUGUAUCGUACAGAUUGGAACAGUUACGUAUGUGGUUCAAAAGCAGACAUCACUUUAAUUCCAAUCACCAUUGCACCACUGUUGAAAUGGCUUGGAAGCUACGCUUCUCCAAUCAUGCAGAAGGACCCGUGAGCAGGUGCCACUGGCAUGGUGUGUUUGCUGCUACUGAACCAUUUUACAGACAAACAUAUUAUGAAGAUGUAACAGUAAUGUGUGCGCCCUGCCCCCUUCCCUCCCUCCAUUGUUAUCUAUUUCUGUAACUGGGUGUGUUCCAAAACUAAAGCAAAUGUUAUUAUCUUAA